AAAACCCUAGGUGUGUGGACAGAAGGGAGCCACCAAGGUUACAACAGGUCAGGAAUAAAUAACCAGCAGGCGGAGGAUCCAGGUUCCCUCCUGCCUUUUGUUAAGAGAGGAGCGUCCACAAAGGCUUCGGAAGCAGGCGGCUGGACCGUCCACACCCGGCUACAGCCUCCGUGGUCCAGACAUGGAUGGGAAGAAAUGCAGUGUAUGGAUGUUUCUACCGCUUGUAUUUACUUUGUUUACUUCAGCUGGAUUGUGGAUAGUGUACUUUAUAGCUGUGGAAGAUGACAAAAUUUUACCAUUAAAUUCAGCUGCAAGGAAAUCUGGUGGGAAACAUGCUCCAUACAUCAGUUUUGCAGGUGAUGAUCCUCCUGCAAGCUGUGUGUUUAGUCAAGUCCUGAAUAUGGCUGCAUUCCUAGCUCUUGUAGUAGCUGUUCUGCGCUUCAUACAACUGAAACCAAAGGUUUUAAACCCAUGGCUGAAUAUUAGUGGAUUGGUGGCACUGUGUCUGGCUUCCUUUGGAAUGACCUUGCUUGGUAAUUUUCAGCUCACAAAUGAUGAAGAAAUCCAUAACGUGGGAACGUCCUUGACCUUUGGAUUUGGCACGUUAACCUGCUGGAUACAGGCUGCAUUGACACUCAAAGUCAACAUCAAGAAUGAAGGACGGAAAGUUGGAAUUCCACGAGUUAUUUUGUCAGCUGUUAUCACUCUCUGUGUAGUCCUCUACUUCAUCCUCAUGGCCCAAGACAUCCAUAUGUAUGCAGCCAGGGUCCAGUGGGGCCUGGUCAUGUGCUUCCUGUCGUAUUUUGGCACCUUGGCCGUGGAGUUCCGACACUACCGCUAUGAGAUUGUGUGCUCUGAGUACCAGGAGAAUUUUUUAAGCUUCUCUGAAAGUCUGUCAGAAGCAUCUGAAUAUCAAACUGACCAGGUGUAACCCAUCCAUUUGUCCUUGCCGGUGAGGUGGGUGUGACAACAGGGGAGGGACCAGAAGGACACACUCAUAGGACCUGACACAUAGCCUCAUGACAUGUUCCACACACAGAGACACAUAUUCACGACCACAUUUGCCAAAUGAGCUUUUCAGGGCAAGUUAUUUCUUUCUUGAACAAGCACAAGCUCUCAUGUGUCAAAAUACAUACUGUUACACUGAAGAUAUAUGCAUGACAGAGCCAGAAGCUUGUGUGUGACCACGUCUCCACCCCUGACUUCCCAGUAUGCCUUGCUCUCCUCAUCCUAUUCACACGUUUCAAACCUGGCAUCUCCCUCCUGCAGAGUAGGCCAGGCCAAACCUAACAGGAGAA